UAAUUGUCAAGGUGGGUGCCGGGGUGUGCCAAAUUCCUCUCAUUGACCGAAGGUGUCAGGGAUUUUGUAUCGACUUCAUUUUCACCGCGGAGGCAAUCAUUUAACAGUGCACAUGCCAUCUGCUGCCAAAAAACUUGGCAGCUUUUGAAUUUCGCUGUCUUCGUUCCGUCUGCCAGGAGCGCUGCGUGUGUCUCUGGCUCCCUCCACGCCAACUUAUUUUGGUCAAACUCUUCCGACAGGCUCCCUCCACUCCAGUCAGCCACGAUCUGGCUCGGGUCGGACGCGUUUCCUGCUCGCCGCUGCCGCCGCCGCCACUGCCGCCGCUGCUGCUGCUGCUGCGGCGCGUCCCUCGUUGCCGAUGUUAAGGGGAGAUAUAGAUACGUACCCGAAAGCCUGCAGCUGGGGUUCCCUGCACAGAGACGGCACUGCGCAGGAUAGAGGAGAGACGGAGAGAGAGAGAGAGAGAGUGAGAGAGGGAGGGAGAAGGAGGGAGAGACAGAGUGAGAGAGUCAGACUUGCCAUAUCCUUGCCAUGGGUGAGCGUUUACGCACGAUCCGGUUGCCGAUCUCCAGCAGCUCUGCCCUGCCAUCAGGACUAAUUUCACCAUGAAAACUUUUCAACUCCCCAUUUCCACAUAAGCUGGUUUUCUCCUGUGUGAUUCAACUUUUUGCCAUCUGCGUGUCGGUGAAGUUAUCCCAUCUUCUUUAAGGGGUGCCAAUUAUAAAGGCCCAGCGCUGACGCCUCCCCAGUCGACCUGACCCCGUUAGCCCGCUUUAAUGUCAACUCUCUGGCUCCAAAGUGGAGGGAAUUACCCCAGUUUUAGUCUCCAAUCAAGAAAAAAAGAGGAGCAACCCGACGAAAUGCAGAGUCUCUCCCAGCGUGCGCGCUCUGCACAGGGCCUGGCUGCUCUCGCUCGGUGAAACACAGGGUCAGAACUGUGUGGAUAAAAAAAAAAAAACCCUGAGGGUUUUGACAUUUCAGCUUUUCUGCCUUUUUGUUUUUUGCUCCUCCUUUGGCCCCGGCGCUUUUUGGAAGCGGCCCAAAUGGUGCGGUGGUGUUGCUCAGACAUAUGGAGAGCCCUGGCUCUCCUGGCGCUCCUGCUUCCCUUGCGGGAGGAAGGCUGCUGGGGCCUGAAUCCCAGCUCUGGGGACCUGGAGAAGUCCCCACACUCUGAUCCAGACCCCUGGGAGGCACUGCACAGACACAAGCGCAGCUGGGUAUGGAACCAGUUCUUCGUGUUGGAGGAGUACACAGGAAAUGAGCCGCUCUAUGUUGGCAAGCUUCACUCAGAUGUGGACAAAGGAGACGGCAAGGUGAAGUAUGUGUUAUCUGGCGAGGGCGCCACCUCCAUCUUCACCAUUGAUGAGAACACAGGAGACAUCCAUGCCACAAAGCGCCUCGAUCGAGAAGCGCAGGCUUACUACACCCUCCAAGCUCAAGCUGUAGACCGGCUCACCAAUUUGCCCGUGGAGCCCAGGUCUGAGUUUGUAGUCAAGGUUCAGGACAUCAACGAUAAUGAACCCAAAUUUCUCGAUGGACCCUACCUGGCAGGUGUACCAGAAAUGUCCCCCUUAGGAACCAUGGUAGUGCAAGUGGCAGCCACAGAUGCAGAUGACCCGACAUAUGGGAACAGCGCCAGGGUGGUCUACAGCAUCAUUCACGGACAGCCUUACUUCUCGGUGGAGCCAAAGACAGGCGUCAUCAGAACGGCUCUGCCCAACAUGGACCGGGAGACGAGGGACCAGUAUGUGCUCGUCAUCCAGGCCAAAGACAUGGUGGGCCAGAUGGGCGGCCUCUCCGGCACCACCUCUGUCACUGUCACGCUCACCGAUGUCAACGACAACCCGCCUCGCUUCACUCACAAGAACUAUCAAUACACCGCGCCGGAGUCGCUGCCGGUGCAGUCCGUGGUGGCCAAAAUCAAGGCGGUGGACGCCGACAUAGACGGCAACGCCGAGAUGGACUACAGGAUCAUGGACGGCGACGGACCCGGCAUGUUCAACAUAACGACGGACGAGGACACGCAAGAGGGUGUCAUCCUCCUGUUGAAGCCAUUAGACUUUGAAACAAAGAGCACCUUCUCCCUGAGAAUUGAAGCCACCAACAGGAAUAUUGACUCCAACUUCCUGAGCUUGGGCCCAUUUAGCGACACGACGUCCGUCAAGGUGACGGUGCAAGAUGUGAACGAGCCGCCGGUCUUUUCCACGUCACUUAGCAAGAUGGUUGUUUUGGAGGACGCCAAAGUGGGCACGUCGAUCGGGAGAGUCUCUGCCCACGACCCAGACACCUCCAACAGUGCAAUCAGGUACUCCAUUGACAGGAACACAGACUUGGAGCGUUUCUUUAAUGUGGAUGCUCUAAGUGGGGUCAUCAGCACAGCCAAGCCUCUGGACCGCGAGGCCAACUCAGUCCAUAACCUCACCAUCUUCGCCAUUGAGAGCUUGGAUCCGAACCAAGUUGGGAAAGGCAUCGCUCUCGUCACAGUGCUGGACAUAAACGACAACGCCCCAGUCUUCGCCAUAGACUACGAAACUCUCCUCUGCGAAAAUGCCAUGCCAGGACAGGUGAUCCAGACAAUCAGUGCAGUGGAUAAGGACGAGCCUCUGAGCGGACAUCGGUUUUAUUUCGCCCUCGCUGCACCUGUAGCUGGCAAUCUCAACUUCACACUGAGAGAUAAUAAAGACAACACGGCAUCCAUACUGACAAAGCGGGGUGGCUUCAGGAGACGGGAGCAGCCUGUUUAUCGACUGCCCGUCUUGAUUGCGGACAGUGGAAGUCCUGCCCUCAGCAGCACCAACACGCUCUCAGUGCGUGUGUGUGACUGCGACUCUGACGGCGUGGCCCUGUCUUGUGGAGCUGUGGCCUACACGGCCACUGGCCUGAGCACCGGCGCCCUCCUGGCUAUUUUGGGCUGCAUCAUCACACUUCUGGUGAUGGUUCUGCUGAUUGUGACGAUGCGUCGGCGAAGGAAGGAGCCUCUGAUUCUUGAGGAGGAAAGAGACAUCAGAGAGAACAUCGUCCGUUACGACGAUGAGGGAGGAGGAGAGGAGGACACGGAGGCCUUCGACAUGGUUACUCUACGCAACCUCAAUGUCAUCAGAGACCCCAGUGUGCGGCGAGAUGUCACACCAGAUACUCCAACCUUUUUUCAUUAUCCCUCAGCCUCCCGUCCGUCCUACAAAUCCCUGCCAGACAAUGUGGUGUUUCGAGAGUUUAUCUGGGAGCGACUGAAGGACGCUGAUGUGGACCCGUCAGCGCCGCCGUAUGACUCUCUGCAGACAUACGCGUUUGAAGGCAGCGGGUCUGUAGCUGAGUCGCUAAGCUCGCUGGAGUCGCUAAGUACAGACUCAGAUCAGAACUAUGACUAUCUCAGCAACUGGGGACCUCGCUUCAAAAAGCUGGCCGACCUGUACGGCACCAGCGACGGCACCAGCAUCUUCUCAUAGCCCCCAAACGUCUCUCCUAACAUUUCUCAGACUUGGAAAAAAUAAAAAUAAAAAAAUAAGAGUAAUUUAUUGUCAAAGAAAAUGAUUUUGUCUGCCUUAGUGCACCGGAGGAAACGAUUCAAAGACGACACGAGAGAUUGAAAGAAAAACACUUUGACUUCAAAGGUUUUGGGUUUGUUUACCUCCCUGUAUGGAUUUUCAAAAGCGUGCCAUGGUGAGUUUUGACAUAGACUUCAAAAGUGGCUUGACUGAGGAGGAAACCUUGUGUGCAAAAGACAUUAAAGGUUUCAGAUUUUGGGCUUGAGCCCAACCUUUGACUGCGGAAUGCAUACAUGGUGGAGGAUUUUUACGAGGAGGCACCUGUCCUUUCAUUCCAGCGAUGGGCACGGGCCCAGCACUCUUUGCUUUGAUGCAUUCCUUUGCUAUCUUUGUGCUAAAAAAACAUAAAAGUUUCUCAUGAAAUGCUGAGUCCCUGGCGACUAAUCAGUAGUCACUUGACUGCUCAUAUGAAACUUGACGGGAGUUUAUGUGUGGUUUUUUUCUUUCUUCUUUUCUGGGUCGGGGAGCAGAGUGAUGAGGGAGUGUUUUUCAUAAACAUUUAAAUCCAGAGCCACAUUAUUCAUGGACUCAGUCGUACCUCUCAGUGCAUCUGCUCACACACAGUACAGUACAAACAAGUCGUUGAUGUGCUAAAGGAAGUGAUGUGAAGAUGUAAGUUGUGGAAAUCCUAUGAAGAAUGACACUCGUCAGUUUGAUGUCUCCACUGGGUGAUACAGGAAAUACGUGUCAUUUCUCUUAUUCUCCUAACGGUACAUUUUGCAGAUGUUGCAAUGUAGUGUUUGUCUCAGUCUGUUUUUUCUUCCGCCUUUCUAUUGCCAAGUCCAAUGUACUGUAUAAUUUCUGAACUAUGAACCGUCAGGAUUUAGUUGUUCUGCUUUUGUACGAGGUAGGGUGGACCUGGGCAACGUCAGCUACGUCAGAAAGCUCCGCCGGUGGAUCGGUCCACGCCGAGCUUCAUUGCAAUGAUUCAGAUGAUUCAGCGCAACGGACUCUUGGAAAAAAAAAAUAAAAAUAAAAGCUAUUUGUUUCUGGAGUGGUGGUCCUUACCUGAGUGAAGUCGCAGUUUGUAAGUAAAUGAAUUUUGCUUCUGUAGUUCGCUGCUGAGUCCAGCAUAUAUUGUCUUUCAGAAAUGAAAUAAAUAACGUCCUUGGUUUCAAUAUUGAUGGUGACAGGACACACUGUAUGAUAAUCAUAUUGUGGCGAUCUUAUUAUUAAUUUUUUUUUUUUUUUCAGCUUUAAAGCAAAAGACAUUACAGUUGGGUGUGCACAUGUACAGCCGAUAUGUGUUAUUAUUUAUUUUGAAGAGGCAGAACUGUGGAAAUGUUUUUAUCCUUUUUGCUGAAAAUAAAAUUGACAUUCAGUUCCUUAA